CAUCCUCGAUCUCGCAAAACAUCACCCGCCUGCCCGCCUGCCCUUCCCGGCCCCAGCUCCCCUGCCCGCACAGCAGCCUCGACUCCCUUUCCUCUUGUUUAAAUAACCCGCCGCUCCCCUUGCUCCCCAUUGCACGAAGCCAGUUUGAUGGAGAUCUCCCAGUAUGCUUCUUUGCUCAUCUACAGAUUCAACCGGAACACCAUCGAGUUUUUGUUAGUUAACGACUCCUUCUCGAACAAGCGUCACUGGUCGCCGCCACGAGGCAAGAUCAUUGGCCAAGAAGACCCGCUUCCCUGUGCCCUCCGCGAAGCCAUUAACUUGACCGGGCUUUCCCACAAAGACCUAAUUCUGGCCGACACCCAGAGCCUGACUCCGGCCCACCUGUUCAAAGAAAGCCCCUCCUCACCCUCGCCUUCCGCCCUCCGUCUCGAGAUCAAGUAUCUCUCCGGUGCCAACCGCCCCAAGUCCGUCGUCCACUUUCUCGCACAAAUCUCCCCAAAUGCCCACAUUCAUCCAGGCGGCCUGGCCGGGCUGCACUUUGCUUGGCUCCCGCUCCAGCAGGCUUGCGAAAAGUGCGUCUACAAGUCGAUGCAGGAUGUUCUCCGUCAUGCGCACACCUUUAUCGAGGAGAAGCGGCCCAAAUCGACCUCGUCUCCCCCUGCUCGUGCUCCUUUGGCCUCCGCUGGCGCUGGCACCGGCCCUGCGUCUGGUGGCGCCAUGAACUCACCGACAUCGUCGCUUCCCCUCAACCUCCAACGACUGCAACUCGAGCGAUCGUCCCGUCAAGAUCGAGGUGGUGAUAGCCACAGCCCACGAAGGUCGGAGCGCUCCGUCAAUAGCCGUGAGCACGUAUUUGCCCCGAAUGGCGUGCAUCCCAAGAGAACUUCGCAGGAUGAACGCCCGACUUUGCCUCAGUCCGAGACUCGUGGUGGCAGCGGCCACGCCAAACAGCGCUCGGGAAAGGAACCAGUCCACGAGGCCGAUGCCCCGCUGUACAAGACCCGUCUCUGCGAGCGGUUUGAAAUCGAAGGCAACUGCCCAUACGGCAGCCACUGCACCUUUGCCCAUGGCACGAUCGAACUGCGCGACCGCAAGACUUUUGGUGGCGAGACGGACAAGAAGGAGGGUCCCGAGAACCCACUCUACAAAACCAAAAUGUGUGAGCGAUAUCUGAACGACAACUUUUGCCAGUAUGGCCCUCGAUGUAACUUUGCCCAUUCGUACGGAGCUCCGCGUACGACAGUCUGCGACCCCGACCGCCUCUGGCAUCAAUGGAGACCCGUCUCUCGCUCUGCCCACAGAAGGACCGCUUCGGCGAGAGCGCCACGCCACACAUGAUCGCAAACCCACCCACGACCGCAAGCCGUCGCACGGCGACUCCAAGGAUGCCGUCGAGAGAAUCCAUGAUCCUGAGCGGAAGUCGUCC